CAUUCAACUACCGCCCUUGGGCUUCAUCCUCUCAUUCAAAUAAGGCAUCUUCACCAAGUCUUCCACGAAGAAAGAUAGACCAGCAAAAUGGAGCAAGAAAAUGCGUUCUCUGAGAUCGCUCAUCCAGCAUCCGUCUCCAGAUUAUUCAACCAUCAUCGAAUGGAUCCGGAACUUCCCUCAGGAUAUAAAUGGGCAGAGCAAAAGAAGCUUUAUUGCCCUCGCAAUCUACUCGACCCACGACUACCCGGGCCUAUCACACCAACUCACAACUUUGGUUAUGUAUUCUGUCAUCGUGGGCUCUACGAGCGUGCCUCGGGAAUCGUCGACAAUUCAGUUGCCGCUAUUGAUAAUGGAAUACGCCAUGGUCUAUUUCUUCACGAGGUCGAUGCCUUCGUCUUGGAACAGCUCGACAAGGCUUUUGUAGCCCAUGACAAGAAUCCAAGCCGCGUCACUUCGAAAGUACAGCCUUGGGAGUUCUAUCCUAUCCACGAGAUUCUCAAGACAAGCCUGGUGACGCGGAGAGUUGAGAGGGAAGCGAAGAACCCAGACUUGACCAGCAAACAAUCAGAUUUCGCUACUUCAUACCUGGAAACCGACGGCAAGAUCCCCAGUCUAUUCGAUAUCAUGUGGAGAGAAAGCCAAAAACCAUCCGGGAUUACACUACAAAUCGACCUCAGGGAACAAGAUUUUGCCAAGGCAAUCGCCUACUACUCUUAUCACAUUUCCAAGGUGUCCUUGCUGUACAAAGAUCGCCAGGGCGUACACCGCAGCAAGGGUUGGGAGUUGUUCCGUUCAACGAUUCUGAAGGGCUACAAUAAGCACUACAAAUCUUUCAAUGAUCUGCACGAAGAUGUCAAGAAGAAGUCUGUGGAGGCAUAUGGCAGCAACUAUUUCGAAAUAAGGCAUCUGCAUGUCUUCCCCCCGCUGAUCAUGGUAUUCUUCGCCAAGUAUUUGGUCAAACUUGCGCGGGCAACGCCACCCGUUGAUGAUCCUCAAGGGGACAGAAACAGUUACGAACAUAUCCGCCACACCUUCAUGAAUCAAGUCUUAUCUUUUGUUGGAGUGGGGGUUAACUCCUACAACUUCAUACUGGAAAUCGUCCACAGCGGACUCGGGUUGGGAUACGACAUUAUUAACAAAACGGCAAGAAAUCCCUUAAACGGAGAGUUACUGACAGACGAAGGCGUGAUCUUCGACAGCCGCGUCGACCGGGCCAUGAUCGAUGUGAGCGUGGAACUACGAAAGAGAUAUCCAAAACUGUUGUUUUCAUCCUGUACGCGGUUGCCCGACGUUAUAACGCCGAAAGGGGAGUAUAAGGCGUGGCACGAGACGUCGAGGCUGGUGCGCUGGGAUGACGGCGAGAAGGGCCUUGCAGCCAAGCUACGAGCCAUACACGGAGGGUUAUAUCCGCAGUGCCAGCUCGUCGUUGCCGAUGACCCGGCUGCGGAAAUCGCUGCUCGCACAUGGAUCGACCAGAAGUCGGGUCUGGAUCGAAGUCAGCUAAUGCAUAUGACUUACACCGAGUGGCUGGCAAGAGCACCAGAAGACGUCGUCGCCGCAAUAACCAAACUUAAUAACCAGGACUUCAUGCCGAACAAGUUCGGGUACCCUACGACGCCAGGAGCUAGCGGCAAGAAACGAGACAGAACGAUAGAGUUGAACACCAAGAUCAGAUCGUGGUUGGAGGCCCUCCUGUCGCCCAAACCCAUAUCCAACUUGGAUGACUGGAAUCAAUACAGUGUUGACGAACACUGGCACAGUGCAGAGGACAAGAGCCAGCAAGCGACUGCAUAUAAUAGCCAGCUCAGCAUCAUUUCAGACGAUGAUCGACACCACGAGGGAGUCACGUUAACCUGGGAAAACAGACCCCGCAACCAUUUCAGCAGCAGUACCAGCUCAGACCCUAUAAUACUUCAUAUUUGGGGCAAAGAAUACAUGUUCGAAAACGUGGUAGAUGUGAAACGAUCACUCGCCAGCAUGGCCGCUUACAAAGCUGCUGAAGAAGGAAACGAGCAGAUGGUCAGGAAUCUUCUUGCCAUUGGUGCCAAUAUCGACGCUUUCACGGGAUUCUAUGGCACCCCGCUAGCGGCAGCAUGUAGACGCGGCCACGGCACAGUCGUGAAGCUACUGCUAGAUGCAGACGCCGACGUUAACAUGAGGAGAUUCUCUGGCACCCCGUUGGAACUCGCGGCUGCAGCUGGGCAUCGAGAUGUCGUUGAGAUGCUGCUCACCGUAUUGAAACGGAAGCAGGCCCACUGCGACAUCUCAGAAAAACUAUAUACCGGCACUGCACUUCACGAAGCAUCUGCCGCGGGUCACGAGGCGGUGGUAGCGUUGUUGCUGGACAGUGGAGCGGAUAUUAACUUUCGAGAACGGCACACCGCGCUGGAACGAGCAUGUCACAACCAUUGCAAGAUCAACGUUAUCAACCUGCUUCUUGCCAGAGGUGCCGACGUUAACGCUCCCGGGAGGAAUUUCGGGGUUCGGAGUGCGUUGGAAUCGGCAUGCCACUGUGGCGACCUUUACGUUACCACCCUUCUUCUGAGGAAAGGUGCCGUCAUUGACUUCCCGCUGGAUGAAACCUUUACGCCCGAAAUCGUCUCGCUCCUGGUAAAACACAAGGCAGACGUAAACAACGUCACCCGAAAACCACUUUCAGAAAGCGGAUUGAAAGCACUGCGCGACACCGGCCGAGUCCUCCGAGAUCCCUUAAAGGAGAACUUCAAAGAAACAAGUCUCCGAGUCAGAAAACAGAGAAAACCCGCCCCAUCCGGGCCUGUGAAGGAGCUUCCUGUGCCUCGAGAACUCCGAGAUUGCGGCUGUUUACUCUGUUUCAUCGACCAGAACAUUCAACCCACCAUAGAGCGACAACUAAUAGACUCGGCGUUGUGGCGAACUAAGAAACGGAGAGAACCUCCAGCAACAAUCGAUGAUCCGGUUUCUGUCACCUUGAGAGAAAUGGGGAAACUCACCUUGGUGGAUCGCCCAGAAGAGAUGUACCUCACUUACAAUUUCGAAUAUCCUCCAAUGGAGUAGCUGGGAGAGUCUCUCUUGAAGGAGCUACCAGAAAUCAGGUUCUCUACCUACAUGCCCGGGUCUAUACACCAGCAGCUGGGCAUACAUU